AUGACUAUAGCUGGUAAAGGACCAACUAUUGUGGCAGUCAUGUGGACGGAGACAGCCAUAGCUCUUGUCACAAUUAGUCUUAGAAUCUAUACGCGGAAGUUCAUCACUCGAAACGUGGGCCUGGAUGAUUAUCUUAUCAUAAUCACUUGGUUCAUGUUGAUGCCAUAUACAGUGGGCUGUACAGCAGCUGCAACUCAAGGAUUUGGUCAGCAUUCUGAGGAUCUCACCCCAGAGGAAUUCUCCGAUGCCACCCGAUCAGAGAUUAUUGGACAAACAUUCUGUAUUAUCGGAAUAGCCACUAGCAAAGCGUCGGUUUCGUUUUUUCUAUUGCGACUUGCCGUCGUCAAAUGGCACAAAUGGGUACUUUAUUUCACGAUGUUUUCUGUAUCAGGCAUCGCCAUCAUAUGCGCUCUAUUCGAUUUCAUUCGAUGUGACCCGAUCGCUCACGUAUGGAACCCCUAUCUUCCGGCCAAGUGUUGGGUCUCUACUGAACAAUUCACUGCUAUCUCAAUCACUGUCGGAGGCACCUCCGCUGUAGCAGACUUUGUUCUUGCAGUACUGCCGUGGUUUAUACUUUGGGACUUAAAUAUGAAGAAGAAGGAAAAGAUUCUCAUCACGUCGUCUAUGAGUUUGGGUAUCUUUGCUAUGGUCUGUGGAGUGAUAAGGACAGUUAAUCUCAACGGUCUCUCAGCAAGGUCGGAUUAUUCCUACGAAACUAUAGGCUUGAUAUUAUGGUCAUCUACCGAACUAACGAUUACCAUUCUUACGGCAACGAUACCCACAUACCGACCACUUUACAAAGUCAUAAAAGGUUCACUAUCUAGUACUGGCGGACAGUCUGGUCGAGGUUACCGUCUUGACAACCUAGACGAAGAAAGAAGAAAGGAUCUACCACAUCUGGCCCAGAAAAGAGUCCCCAAGAACGACACAACUUUGAUGGAGACAUCAGCAAGCAUUGAUGAGCACAAUGAUUACCACAGUGAGAUAGAUGUACUAGAAUCUGAACCGAAAUUAAGAUACCGGUACUUGAUAGGUGAUUGCGAAUUAGCCACUGCCGAAUCCCAGGCUGAAGAUACGCAUAGAGAACAGAAUGCGGCUAUAGUUCAGUUGAAUCCUUCAUGCAUGUCAUCGGAUAGAAAACUGGCGUCCCGAGACUACGCCUGA